UAAAACGUCUCUCCUGCCAGUUGCAUUUGUAGACUAAACUGCUGUCUGACUUGGUUCUGUCUGACGAGGUGCGAAUCCCAAAGGAACUAACUUCCUCCUCCUCCUCCUCCUCCUCUUCCUCCUCCUCCUCACAUCGUGGUGCCGCAGCAGCCUGCACGGUGCGUUCUGCAGCAGCAACAACAGCAGCAGCAGCAGCAACAACAACGGCACCUGUCGUUUUCUGGACCAGCUGAUAACCGGUUUAGGAGUAAAUCAAGAUAUUCCCCGAAACAAUUACGAGCCGAACACGGCGAUGAUGUGUGAAUACCGAUGGCUUCAUGUGUAGAUAUUUGCGCCUGUGAAAAUUACGCAUCGAGCCCUUGAUGCUGAAGAGUGGUGACGCUGAGGGGAGCAAUUUCAGUGCAUCCCUGUGAAAACACACACACUGAGACACACACACAUAUUGUGGAGCUUUGUGGAUACAAGCCCUUCAGAGGAGACGAUGAGAGGCUACCUGCUGACUGCAAUCUUUCUCCUGCCCUUGGUGGCCUCAGAGUCCGGGCACUGUCUAAUCAAGCGUGAACAUGAGAAAUGCAUGGAGAAUAUCAUGACACACGACCCCAACGAUGACCUUGAAUUAGUGUGUCCAUGGAUUUGGGACAACCUGACGUGCUGGCAGUCGGCCAACGUGGGCGAGGUCAUCGUGGUCAACUGUCCGGAGCUCUUCCACGACUUCAUGGACCCCGAAGAGGAGAUGGCGCGUAUCAGUCGUAACUGCACCGAGGACGGCUGGUCUGAAAUUUACCCUCACUAUGUGGAAGUCUGCUAUUUCUUUGAAAACGCCACUAAACCCGACCUGUACUACGCCUCGGUGAAGGCCCUGUACACGGUCGGAUACAGCACCUCGCUGGUGUCUCUGACCACAGCCAUGGUCAUCCUCUGCCGAUUCAGGAAGCUCCACUGCACCAGGAACUUCAUUCACAUGAACCUCUUUAUGUCCUUCAUCCUGAGAGCCAUCUCAGUCUUCAUCAAAGACGGCGUGCUGUACGCUCAGGACGACAGCGACCACUGCUUCGUUCAGACAGUGGCGUGUAAAGCAGUGAUGAUUUUCUUCCAUUACUGUGUCAUGUCCAACUAUUUCUGGCUGUUCAUCGAGGGGCUGUAUCUCUUCACUCUGCUGGUGGAGACUUUCUUCCCUGAGAGGCGCUACUUCUACUGGUACACCAUCGUAGGCUGGGGAACUCCCACCAUCUGCGUCACUAUAUGGGCGUUUUUGAGGCUCCACUUUCAUGACACUGGAUGCUGGGAUACGAAUGAGAACACUGCCCUCUGGUGGGUGAUCAAAGGACCUGUAGUGGCCUCCAUUAUGAUAAACUUUGUCCUCUUCGUUGGAAUAAUCAUCAUCCUGGUGCAGAAGCUGCAGUCCCCGGACAUCGGAGGGAACGAAUCGAGCAUUUACCUCAGCUGUGCUCAGAAAUGCUUCAGUGAGCCCACACAGGCUGUUCAGCAUUCGUGCAGGAUGUCAGAGUUAUCCACCAUCACACUGCGUCUGGCACGCUCCACCCUCCUGCUCAUCCCCCUGUUUGGUAUUCACUACACUGUGUUCGCCUUCUCACCUGAGGAUGUCAGCAAGAGGGAGAGACUGGUCUUUGAACUGGGACUGGGAUCCUUCCAGGGCUUUGUUGUAGCGGUCCUCUAUUGUUUCCUUAACGGAGAGUUUCUCCCUGAAGGUGCAGUCGGAGAUCAAGAGGAAAUGGCGCAGCUGGACGGUGAACCGGUACUUUGCUGUGGACCUGAAGCAGCAAAGGCACCCUUCGUUGGCCAGCAGUGGGGUGAACGGCGGGACUCAGCUGUCCAUCCUCAGCAAGAGCAGCUCCCAGAUCCGCAUGUCCUCCCCGCUGGCGGAGAACGCCAACAUCAGCCUCCCGACCUGAGCGUCUGAUGGGCCGGAGUCGACGUCAAGGUGCCGUCCCACUCACAUCCUGACCAACCAGAGCAGACCAAAGCGGCCCCUUAGACCUCUCACAUUUUGUAGUUUGGCCUUUCGAAAAUGAGGUAUUUCUGAAAGUAUUUACUGGAGAUUCAUUAGAGGAGCAUAGCUGACUAUCAUUUCAUUUGACUAUAAAAUAUUAUUGAACUAUUUGAAUACUUUAGUAGACUCUGAAAACGUAUUAAUGAUGCACUUAUUUUAAGUGUUAAAUUCCACUCAGAGAUAUUGGAAAUCCUGGAAUUUUAGCCCCUGUUCUUGAUUUAUUUAUAGAUAAUAUUAAUGUAGAGUUGGUGCCAAAAAGCAGUCAUAGCUAUUGAGAAAAACUAUAGUUUAAUUAUGAAAUGAAGGGGUCAUAUUUGGCUGUUUUAAAGUACAGUGCAUCAAACAGGUUGCCGGAUCGAUCUCGUAAAUGUCCAAAAUGAAAUACCAACCAAACGUUCGCCUUGCUUGUAAAAAAUGCUCAUUGUUUAAAUGUUUCAUCAUAAAUGUAUAACAUUUUCUACAAUCAGCCAUAAGUACAGAGUAUGUCAAAAGAUAUUUUAGGAAGGGAAAGAAAGAACUCAUGGACUUUGUAAAUAGUUACUUUUAGUGUCGAGAUCAGAGAUUUCUUUUUUUUCUUUUUUCGCAUUGCGCAGUAUUGUAAUGACCUUUUCAAACAAAAGGAACUGGAGCCCAAAUCUGUAGACUUCAUCACAUAUCCUGAUGACCCAGAAGACCCUGCCUACUAUACUCUGAACUAUUUGUUUGUAAUAAAUAAAAACACAGACAGUAUUUAUAGAAGCACACACGUGCCAAAAUGAAUGAUAACUGUAGAGCAGUAGAUCCCAACCUGAGGUUUUACAGUAUAAGAUUAAUAUGAGCUGUUGUAUCAGAUACAAGUAAGAAAAUAAGUUAUUUUGCUAUUUAACUAUGUUUAUUUAUAAUUGGUCUCUUUUUCUGCUAAAAAAUUACAUACUUCAAGUCUUAUCUUCAAGCUUCUUAUUACACAAUCUGAGCAGGUAAAAUCCAGCUUUGUUUGAAGUGCUCACAACUUCUGACGAGGUGUUUUAUUUUAAAGGUUACAAGACAAAAAGAGCUGGUAACCACUGCUGUGGAGGAUGCACAGGACGAAAGGGAAUAACAUGGUUUUAAACUUUAGAAUCUUCACUCUAAACUGAUUUAUCCUCACAGCUAGUGCUAGUAGUUUGCUUCAGUUCAUUUAAGUCACAGACUUGUUCUGGUCUUGCAGACUGUGAACAUAAACAGUGCCAUGUAAUGGAUGGUUUCACAUAAAGGUCCUCACAGUGCCAUGCAUUUAUACAUGCAGCAUUUUAUUAUUAUAGGCAUCAAGAGUCAUCAUGCUCUGGACUCUAUAUCCUCAUUUUUCUCUAAGCUCCAACCCAUCGUGCCAUAAUAAAUUGCUCUUUAUUUAAAAAAUAUUUUUGAAUGAAUCAUCUCCUAAACUCAUAUUCCAAAGUGCCUAGUCACAAAUAGCUAUCAAUUUUAGUUUCAUCACAAUAAACAAAAGAAACGUAUUCCCUGCAAAGAAUGUACAGAAGGUGUGUUUCUAUUGUGUGCUAUAAAAAAAGCUAGCUUAUUUCUUGGUGAAAUGCUUCAAGCGAAAAGAGUCCUGUUGUGUAUUUAUUUUUUUGUGUUUGAGACUUGCACUGAUGCUUUAUUUAGCCUCUUGGUUACAACCAUCAUCCGUUCAAUAUAAGUCCGUUUCAGUUCAGCACCACAUCAGAUGCACAAACAGAUUGAAAAAACACUUCAUGUUGUAACAGUCGAAACAAAAGGCUUUAAUGUGACAGCUCCUGACAAUCGCCUGAUUGUUACCCAUUUUCCUCUUCCUGUUUUUUUUAUUUGUGCAGAAAACUAAGCUGAACAAACAAUAACUGUCCGGCUGGGGGAAUAAUUCAAUAAGAUAAAAUGUGAAACGGUGUGUACAGAAGGAUUUAUCCACAGUAUUUACUCCAGAUACUUAUUUUUUUGUAUUGUCAUUUGAGUGGAUUAAAAGAAUGUAGAUUACAAUUAUGAAUAUUAUCGAGCAGAAAAGGAUGUAUAUUUAUUUUCCAUAAACCAGUGCCAUGUGAAAUAACUCAACAGUUUACAUGCUCUCUUAUGUGUCAUUCAUGAUGUAUGAUUUCAUUUAAAUUGAUUGAAAUUGACUCUCUUGGUCAAAGUGCCGUACAUGUAGUGCCAUAACCGGUGGGAUGUGAUGCCUCACUUCUAAUUUUAAAAACAAAUCAAGAAAAACACUCACGGGAUGUUGAUGUCCAAAGCCGCAGAGGAUAUUGUGAGAGAUAAAAAACUAAGAUUUAAACUCUAAAAAAAGAUAAAACGCACACACUCCUGAAGAGAUGUAUCAGUUUUGUGCAUUUGCUUGGCUGCUUUAGGACAAAGCCGUGAGGUGAGAUUCUAUCAAGGGGAAGGAGAGACAGAGGUGGAAAAAAAAUACUUUUUUAAUUAGGGAGGUGUUAGAAGGUGGAACAAAUGUGACAGAUAAAACACAAAGUGUGUACGAGGGUGAGAUAAAACCCUCUGCUGCUGCUUACGUGUUCUAUCACCAGCCGAGUGUGAAUGCACUCAGAUGGAAACGACCAUGUCUCAAAGCUGUUAGUGUGAAAAAGAAGAGUGGAAAACUCCUCACCUGACCAUGCUGUAUAUUUGUCCACCACAAGGUGAUAGCAGAGUGUUAGUAUUUUAAUUUGAUUAUUUUUAUGUAGAAGUUUGACUGGCAUUGAUUUGCUUCUUGAUCCUUGUACUUGUUGGAUUAAAUAGAGGUAGUGUGUGGCAUUGAAUCACUUACUGUAAAUGCCACAUGUUUAUCAUUCUUUGCAUCUGUGUCUGUAUUACACAAAUCAACAAACAAGCCUACAAAUUAGGUUUUUCUAUCUAUAUCAUGUUCCUACUCUCAAUCCCCAAAUGCCAUUUCUUCUCUCUUUACUUUUUUUAAAUAAACUGUGAAUUAUUUGAUUUUAAAAUCUUCAAAAUGUGAUGAAAUGGUGAUAAUCUGUGGCACUUUUUGAUUUUUAUAAAAAGUCAGGCUGUGAAAUGUAAUUUUGGCUUAAUCUGACCACACCUUUCUCACACACACCUCUUCUUACAGUUGGUUUAGCAUUCAGUUUCACAUUGUGUCACAGAAAAGCAAGUUUAGUCUGACAUUGUUGGAACUUUCUUGCACAGUGCUUAGUUGAAACCCAUUUUCUCCAGUUUUUCUCUGGUGUAAUCUAACUCUUAGCAAGAAAGUGAAUAUUUAAUGUUUUUCCUAAUAUGUCAAACUAUUCGCAGUGUGGCGUUUCUCUGUGUUUAGAAGCCUUUUUUUGGCGCUGUGUGUUUUGAAGCCAGUUUUAUCAAGUGUUGAAUUUUUGAAUGUACCAAUGUUGCUCAGCUGCUCUUAGCCUGCUACUGUAUCAAUUUGCCAUGGUGUACAAAUGAUGUCUUUUCUUGAUCAUAUAUACAGUCAACUGUAUAUGUAUAUUUUUGGCACACAGGUGGAUCUCUUGACGAAGACCUGUAAUGUUUGUGACCGUGUUUUUGUAUGUUUAUGUUUAAGUGUUUUCAGAGUGAAUGCGUGAGUUUGUUUGAAAGUUGGAGAGUGUAUUCUGUACGCAUGUGUAUGUAAUGACGAGCAUUAAUAAGGAUAUAAGUAACUUAAAUGUCAAAAAAGAAUAUGAUGUUAUACCUGUGACAGUGUGUCAUGUGUAACAUGCGUUCUGGUGUCCAACAUUCAUGUCCCAGAUUGUGAAAUUUGACUGCUAAAUAAAUCUAUCUGUGGUAAA